AUGGAUGGCACCUCUGUAGGUGUGCGGGUGGGGCGGCUCCACAGAAGCCGUUUUCUCCAGACCCGGGGGAGCAGUGAGCAGGGGGAGGGACCCUCGACUCCGCGCCGCGGGGAUGAAGAUGACGCGUACCCCAGCCACAACCCGCAGAUCUUGAGCCGAUUGUAUAUAAUUGUUCUAGAUACUGGGGAAGACCGCAAUCUAGGGGAUUAUCCACAUGAGGCGGACGAAGAUCUUCCCAGUGCGGGUAUUUGUGUGGACGGGAAGAGGUCUCCAUAG